AUGGAGGUGAAUUCCUUUGGUGAGGAAACGGUGGUAAAGGUAAGAAAGCCAUACACAAUAACAAAGCAGCGGGAGCGGUGGACAGAGGCUGAGCACAAACUGUUCCUUGAAGCCUUGAAACUUUAUGGCAGAGCAUGGCAGCGUAUAGAAGAGCAUGUUGGGACAAAGACGGCCGUGCAGAUCAGAAGUCAUGCUCAAAAGUUCUUCACCAAGCUGGAAAAGGAAGCUAUGAACAAUGGUACUUCUCCGGGGCAAGCCCAUGACAUUGACAUACCUCCACCACGGCCUAAAAGAAAGCCUAACAGUCCAUAUCCUCGAAAAAGUGGUCUCAGCUCCGAGACACCAACCAAAGAACUUCCAAAUGACAAGUCAACAAAACCAAAUAUGCCCUUGGGCAAUGGAAAUGUACAAAUGGCAGGCGAUGCAUCUCUUCAGAAAUUUCAAAGGAAGGAGUUGUCUGAAAAAGGAAGUUGCUCGGAAGUUCUUAAUCUCUUCCGUGAUGCCCCAUCCGCAUCAUUUUCUUCAGUUAACAAAAGCUCUUCAAAUCAUGGUGCACCCAGGGGAAUCGAGGCAAGUAAAACAGAAAUCCGAGAUAUGACCAUCAUGGAAAAUAAUUCGCUUAACCCCAGCACACAAGAGGAUGUAAAGGAGAUCAGUGAUCAGGAAAUGGAAAGGUUUAAUGGUAUCCAAAUCAGCUCUAAAUGUGAACAUUCUCAUGAGGAAUAUUUGGAUCUCUCAAUGCAACAAAUGAAGCUAAAGCCAAAGUCUGUGGAGACAAUAUAUGUGGACAAACAAACUGCAAGAGCUUCACACUCCCUAGCGGAGAGAAAUGGGACAGCUAGCAUUCCGGUCACUGCAACUGAAGGAACUCAUUCUGAUCAAACAAGUGAUCAAGUGGGAAUCAAUGGAAGCAUGAACCCAUGCAUCCAUCCAAUGCUUUCUGCAGAUCCAAAAUUUGAUAGCAGUGCCACACCACAGCCUUUUCCUCAUAAUUAUGCUGCCUUUGCUCCAAUGAUGCAGUGCAACUGCAACCAAGAUACCUACAGGUCAUUCGUCAACAUGUCAUCCACCUUCUCCAGCAUGCUUGUUUCCACUUUGUUGUCAAACCCUGCCAUCCAUGCAGCUGCCAGGCUCGCAGCAUCAUACUGGCCAGCAGCUGAAGGUAACACACCUAUCGAUCCGAAUCAAGAAAACCCUGCAGAUGGUGUUCAAGGAAGGAACAUAGGCUCUCCUCCAAGCAUGGCUUCUCUUGUAUCAGCUACAGUUGCUGCAGCAUCUGCAUGGUGGGCAACACAAGGUCUUCUCCCUUUCUUCGCUCCACCCAUGGCUUUUCCAUUUGUACCAGCUCCUAGUGCUGCCUUUCCCACAGUUGAUGUUCCACGACCUUCAGAGAAAGACAGAGAUUGCCCAGUUGAAAAUGCACAGAAGGAAUGCCAAGAAGCUCGAAAACAGGGACAGUUUGAAGGUUUAAGAGUUGCCGCUUCUUCAAUGUCUGAUGGGAGUGGAAAAGGCGAGGUGUCUCUCCACACAGAGCUAAAGAUAUCUCCUGUCCAGAAUGCUGAUGCCACACCAACCACAGGAGCUGAUACAAGUGAUGCAUUCAGGAAUAAGAAAAAGCAGGAUCGCUCUUCAUGCGGUUCUAACACACCUUCAAGUAGUGAUGUAGAUGCAGACAAUGUUCCUGAGAAGGAGGACAAUGCUAAUGAGAAGGCGAAGCAAGCCUCCUGCAGCAACUCUUCAGCUGGUGACACUAACCACCGCAGAUUUAGAAGCAGUGGAAGCACAAGUGAUUCAUGGAAGGAAGUUUCUGAAGAGGGUCGUCUGGCUUUCGAUGCGCUGUUCAGUAGAGAAAAGCUUCCGCAAAGCUUUUCUCCCCCACAAGCAGAAGACUCGAAGGAGGUUCCCAAGGAGGAGGAAGAUGAAGUUACCACAGUGGCAGUUGACCUCAACAAGAAUGCCACAAGCAUUGAUCAUGACCUCGACACAAUGGAUGAGCCAAGGGCUUCCUUUCCCAAUGAUUUGUUGCACCUGAAGCUGAAAUCGCGCCGAACAGGCUUCAAGCCAUACAAGAGAUGUUCUGUGGAAGCGAAGGAGAAUAGGGUGCCGGCUAGCGACGAGGUUGGUACCAAGAGGAUUCGUCUGGAGAGCGAAGCAUCCACAUAA